UUUGGUUUGCCGUGGAAUCGAGCGCCGAGGCAGAAGUAUUUGGAAGAUAGAUCCGAGGUGCGAGGGUUGGAAGCUCCAGAGGACGGAGAAAUGAGCUCGGAUUCACUCUCUUCCAGCUCGCAUGGCGGCGUCGACGACCACAUUUGUCAGCUUAUGCAGUGCAGGCCGUUGUCCGAACAACAGGUUAGAGUGCUAUGUGAGAAGGCUAAGGAGAUCCUAAUGGAAGAAGAUAAUGUCCAGCCUGUAAAAAGCCCUGUUACAAUAUGUGGUGAUAUUCACGGACAAUUCCAUGAUCUGGCUGAGCUUUUCCGCGUUGGAGGGAAGUGCCCAGAUACCAAUUACUUGUUCAUGGGAGAUUAUGUUGAUCGUGGAUAUUAUUCAGUUGAAACUGUUACACUCUUGGUGGCACUGAAAGUGCGUUAUCCUCAGCGGAUUACAAUUCUUAGAGGAAACCAUGAAAGCCGCCAGAUAACUCAAGUUUAUGGGUUUUAUGAUGAAUGCCUGCGAAAGUAUGGUAAUGCUAACGUUUGGAAGAUAUUCACUGAUCUUUUUGACUAUUUGCCACUGACGGCCCUGGUUGAAUCAGAAAUAUUUUGUCUGCAUGGCGGGUUGUCCCCAUCCAUUGAAACCCUUGACAAUAUACGUAAUUUUGACCGUGUUCAAGAAGUUCCUCAUGAGGGCCCUAUGUGUGAUCUCCUAUGGUCUGACCCUGAUGAUCGCUGUGGUUGGGGUAUCUCACCCAGAGGUGCUGGUUAUACCUUCGGUCAGGACGUAUCUGAGCAGUUUAACCAUACAAAUAAUUUGAAGCUGAUUGCUAGAGCUCAUCAGUUGGUUAUGGAAGGAUAUAACUGGGGUCAUGAUCAAAAAGUCGUUACAAUAUUCAGUGCACCUAACUACUGUUAUCGCUGUGGUAACAUGGCAUCCAUCCUGGAAGUCGAUGAUUCCAAAGGCCACACAUUCAUUCAGUUUGAGCCAGCUCCAAAGAGGGGAGAGCCAGAUAUAACUCGCAGAAUGCCGGAUUAUUUCCUUUGAUGUAGCGGGCUUCAGGUAAGCAUAUCUUGUCGCUGCUGCAUACUUCCUUUCAAAUGAGCUUGGGCUGGCCAUUGAAUUUUUCAAGAGCUGGAGCCUCUUAAAGAUGGUGCCCACUGGGGUAGAGGCAUCUAAAAUGUCACUGGCGAGGCUUUGGAUUGAAAAGAAAAGGGCAACCCGGCAACUUGUAAUUGUUUUCUUUUUCUGGUCCAUUUUCUUAAUUUUUGACACAUUUUUUCUUCCGGUACGACUGGCAGGGAGAUCGGGCUUGUACUUGUAGAGGGGGAUGGGUUUACUUAUCUUCAAUGGGUGAUUUUCUUUGCCUCCCCUGUCAGUCCUUUUGGCUUAAGUUUUGAUGUAUGAAUGUUCUGGGCUUAAUUACAUGUGCAAUUCAAUUUAGAG